CACAAGCAGUGACCUACCGCCAAAGCUCGCACACCAUGAUCAGCAUCACCGGUGUUUAUGGUGCCUCUGAAGAAACUGCUUAAUUGCUUCCGCGCGCAUCAUCAGUUUCGCUUUCAAGCCUGCAAUUUGGUUUUUUGCAUAUUCUGUGUUGGAUUAUUCUUCUAGGGAAAAAGAUUUCGGUAAUGCAACACAUUCAAAGUUGAAUUUUUAUUUUUUUGAAUGGUGAUGCUUAUGGAUAAGGAAAAACAAGAGGGAAAAUACGCUGUAGAUUUUCUUGUUGAUCUUUGAAAAAUGAAUGCAGUCUGUCCAUAUAAUUUUUGUGAGUGUUUUUUACUGCAGCAACACUACGGAUUUUGGGGAUUUUGAAAUUUUUUAAGAAAUCUCAGAGAUUAUGUAUGCCUUUAUGCCAACAAGUGUUAUAAUCCAGACCCUUUUAAUUUAUUUAGUAGCUUUUAUAGCUGUUCGACAGUGAUUGUGCAUUAAGGAUUAUUCUAUUGAUUUGUUUUAACUGUAAAGCACUAUGUGCAUUUUGAAUUCACCAAGUUAUUCUAUUCGUGACUCUGCAAAUUAUAUUUACAUUUGUUAAUCAGUGGUAGUAUAUUAAAGUGACCAUGGCCAACUCUCCGUCUUGUUCAUCAACUAGUCCUUCCACUUCCACAGCAACCACUGCGACAGAUCUCCAGGAAGCGGAUGCUUUGAGUGAUGACAGUGGGGUCGACGUGAAACCACAAUGCAGGAAACCCCACGAAAGGUUCCUGAAAUUCAACCACGAGCCAGAAAUGACCACCGAAUCCAGUAAGCGCAACAAACGGAAAUCAUCUGAACCCAAAAAAAGGAAAGACGUUCUCUUGAUGAAAAGAUUCAGAUGGGACUCUGAUGAGGAGGAUAACGUGGAGGACCCUAGAGAUGUGGAUGACGUCUUCGAUGCUAUUGAGCGGGAGAGGCCCAGCAGUGGAGACAGUGGUUGCCAGGUUGCAACGCCGACAACGAAUUUACCCAAAGCCCCAGAAGAAAAGAAAAAGAGAUCCAGACAAUGGAGGAAGCCCAAAGUGGAAAAAGAUGCCCCUGUUGUCAAGCAAGAGACUCUCUUGCAAACGUUCAGACAGUCUGUGAUCCGAAAGCACGAUGCAAGUUCCACAUCGACUUUACAUAGUCAUUCAUCAACGCAAGAUUUGCAAUCCACUUCAGUUCUGUCAUCGAGCUCUGGGAGCUGCUCUCUGACUACUUCGCAUUGUUUGAAUGGUCAAAUCUGCAUCUCUCCGAUAGGGAAGUCAAGUGAAUACGAUGGGAUUGUAGGGGGUUCCGAGGAGUCCAGCUGCGACCCAUCGGGCAGGACUAACCGUGCGGUGGGAAGGCCGAGGAAUUACAAAAGCAUGAGCCGACAGCGGCGAAUUGAAGCCAACGCUCGGGAAAGAACAAGAGUCCACACCAUCAGUGCUGCUUUCGAAAAUCUGCGGAGAGCCGUUCCAGCUUAUGCACACAACCAGAAAUUAUCGAAGCUGGCCAUUCUGAGGAUCGCGAGUGCCUACAUUGUGGCCCUGGCGUGUCUGAGUGAGCAGGAUUACAGCGAAGAGCAGAGUCGGCCCACUCUAGCGGACUGUGUGGAACAGUGUACUAGAACCAUACAAGCCGAGGGAAGGUCCAGGCGCAGAACAUCGAAAGAUUAGGAAAAUUAGUUCGUAGGAUAGACGUCGGCAUGUAUUUAGUGCUUCCAGCUAUGCCAAGUGUUCGAAAUUUCCAUUCAACUCAACGGAAAAGCAAUAAGUUGUAUUUAGAACGUUAAAAAAGAAACGAAGAGAAGGACUUCUACUCUGUGUAUGUGAACAAAAUUGUAUUUUCCUGUGACUUUUUCUUGUAGGCUUAGUCCAUAAAGAUUUUCUUCUCUGCGAAUUUCAAGUUGUAACUACAUCGAAUGACUGUUGACUUCAUAUAUAUCUUGUUCUUUAUAACGGCAUCCAUGAGGACCGUCCGACGAUAACGAAAGUGUUAGAGUAAACGGAACCAUUAGUCUGUAAGAUUUUAGCAAGAAACGUUGUUUUCGGUUCCGCUUUAAAUAGCAAUAAAUGGUUCGUGUCUUAUUUCAAAUAGUACAAACGUAUCGCAAAAAUAUGUACAAAUGCUAAAAUCGAAUUUUUGUAUGUAAAAUUAUUUCGACCCAACCCUCAUUAAAAUUUAAAAAGUAUAUUUUAAGAUAAUAUGAAUUUAAUUUUUUUAACUCUAUGUUAUUAUGAAUAUUCUUAAAUUUUUAGAUUGAUAUUUCGAUGUGAAUUCCCUGAUUCUCUAAAUCGCAGUGGCCCAGCUAGAGGAAGUACGUUUUGGGGAAGCUUACUUUUGUUUAAUCAGUGCCUUCGUUAGAAAUUAAACGACGAUGAUUUUGCAGCGGCAUUUUUUCUUGAUUAACAAUACAAUCGUAAUAUUUGACUGUAUUUUGAACAUGUAUAAAAUUGGAGCUCGUGUAUUGCAUUUUAUGUUAUAGUUCGUCGCAUUCUUACAAUCUUAUUUUAUCUCAUUUAUUAGUAAACGAGGUUUUAUUAAAAAAUCAUUACUAAUUGUAAGAAAAUGUUUAUAUAUUGCUAUAUAUUCUAUUUUAAUUUUAAUUAUUUAACUUGAUUUGUUUCAUUUUUGUACAGAUGGAAUUUUGUAAUCUAUUUUACAUUCGCCUUCUGAUGUUCUAGAGUUUUAAACUUUGAAUACCAGAAAGCGUAUGUAUUCUAGAAUAUAUAUAUUAUUUAUAUUUUUUUGGAAAUUUGUUAUUGAUAAAUUGAUUAAUGUAAUUAAAUUUCGAUUCCGUACUAGUGGUCCCACUUAGUAGUGAAUUUGAAGUAUAAAUUAAUUCGAUUCUCUAAUAUAUAUAACGAGGGAUUGAAAAUAAAAUUCUAAAAAGUAGAAAUAAUUUGAAUAAAACGUUUAUUAUUUUUUAGCAUAAAUACAGUAUUAUUAAAGACUGUUUUUAUAAAAUUUAUUAAAUUACAUUUGUAUAGGAUAGACUGUAUACCCAUAAUAAUAUAACCAUUUCCAGAAGUAUGAACUCUAGCUACGCCAUCCAUAAAUCAGCCUGAAGUUUGUGACUUUUUUUAGCUAUUAAUAAUUAAAUUUUUUAAUCUUCUAAGUAUCUGUACAAAUUUAACCUAUUUGAAGAAUCAAUAUAAAAAUAUACUGCUAUCUUAUUUUUUUUUUUAAAUUGCAAGUAAUAAACAUUUAAAAAAUUUUCUAGAUAAUUUAUAUCAUAUUCAUGGAUGUUGAUAAUUCAUUUCAUAAAUUGUUGAUAAUUUACUCCUGUUGAUAUUCAUCAUUAAAUCUAAAGCUUACUAAUCAUAAUAACUAAAAUUAUUGUAUGUGAUUUCAUAUUAUCAGCUGAUGUUUGUUAAAAAAUGAAUCCCUUACCUGUGGUGCCCAAUCGUGGUUCGUGCAACGAAUUAUUGUCAAUUUAAACUUAUAAUCUAAUAUCAAGUCAUACACAAAUGCUAUAACUAGAAACAAAAAUGACCGGUAAUCCAUGAAAAAUCAAUCUCAAGUGCUUUAUGGACACAUUGUUAAAUCAAUGCUAAAAUACAUUUUAAAAACAGAAGAUUUCAUUUAAUUAGACAGUAGCGAAAAUAACACAGGUAAGGAAUUAAUGAAGAACAUGCAUUUUUAAUAACUAUUCACUAAAAAAACAUGUAAUCAAAUAAAUGUCUUGGGGUAAAUUUUUCUGAAGCGAAUUUUUAUAUGAGCUUCUAAAAUGAUAAAUCACUUUAACAUCAUUACAACAUCUCACGAAUCAGGGAAUAUUUUUAUGCAAGGCUUCAAAAUUUGUCCAGGUCCCAUAUCCCCUUUUUAAGGAAAGCUAAAAAAAGGUCAGAAAAAUUUGUCGCGAAGUAAAACAAAUAAAAAAAAUGAAAUACCGAAAUAAAAUUCAUUUAAAAUACUUAUUUAGCUAAUUUUUGGGAAACUUUUUAAGCCUUGUUGUAUUUCUACUUACAUAUGCUGAAAAGUCUGGGUCGUGACGCAGAGUUUAAGAAGCCACGAUUUCUUCCUUAAAUAUACAGUUAUGAGCAAAACGGGAUAUUUUUUCUUGUUAUAAACGUGUAGGAGAUGUUUAAUUUUCAGUAUAUAAAAGAAACAACAUUAUUUAUAUAUUAAACAUAGAACGUCACGAACAAUAAAGCUUCAGGUUGUCCCAAGGGGCAGAUGAGUAUUGUUUUGGCUGUGAUAUUCGACUAAACAAAAUAAAAUUUCAUCUAUAAAAUGAAGAUAAAACUGGCGUCCACAAAAUUACGAUUUGGAAUCGGAAAUGCGAAAAAUGAAACAUUUACAGAACCACCGAUUAUGAAUAUUUAUUUAGGUUAAUUUGGGUUAAACUUGAAAUUUUGAACUAAUAUACUUAUUCAACAGUGUUUCUUUUUCUCUGCACAUGUGUGAUCUUACUGGUUUUAUGUUAAAAGCUUCUUUAUUCAUCUGAGACAUUUUUUUGCUGACAGCUGGCUCGAAUCGUUGCGACAAUAGUUCUUCUUUAUUAUUAAACAUAUGUGUGCUGAUUAGACAAGACAUAGUCAUACUCAUGAGCUGCUGUACCACUCUGGAGAAAUGAUGAUGACUCUGAUCGGCCUUUUGUACAUACCAGACAGAUCAUCUGCAUUUCAGCCUUAUUAGCUUUGAUUUCAACAGAAAUUAUCAAUUACAUCGAUUCCUUGGAGCGACUUACACAAUAAAUAAGAUUUCUUCAAUGACUUCCCUAACAAAGUGAUAUUCCCAGAUGUUACAAAAAUCUUUGAGUGAAUGAGAGUGGAAACUUGGAUUUUUUCCACUGCAAAGAAAUUUAAUUCCAAACAUCUGCUAAGCUUAUUCACAAAGCUAUUUACCAGCUAUUCAGUGACAAAUUUCAGCCCAAAAGCAAACAUAAUGCUCUUCCACUAUCCAGUGGCUUAAUACGUGGUUCGUUGAAUAUACCUGAGGUACUUCAGAAUCAAAGCAAGAGCUGGCUCCUGUGAGAAAAACUGCCUCUGAUAUUCCCAUAGCAAGACACAAUAUUGUAAGGGAUAUCACCUCUAGUACUUUUAUUUACUCUAAGAUGUUAAUAAAAAAUUAUACGCAGAUUAAAUACCAUACCGUUUACAACGAAAAUAGCCGUUCCGUGUUAAGGGAUGGUGCAGGAACAGGCAGUGGUUUAGCAAAAAUAAAAAGCGCCUUAGAUAUAAUAAUAUUUUUCUCUUCUUUCUAUCUUUUUAUCUCCUUUUGUGCAAAUUGGUUGUAAAAAUGUAAAGUCAGUCUACAAAAGAAAAUAAUUUAUGUCUAGGUACUCCUCAAGACUAACAUUCCUAUAGUAAUUCUUUCUUGUUCUCACUUUAUCCCCAUCUUUUUGUUAAAUAAAAAAAAUAAAAAAAUACUUAACUCUUUCAUUACUGAUCCGACCCAAACUGCCCAGAAAAUUCGAUCCUAGCGGGCCAGUUUCUGUUUUAAAAGCGUUUUUUAAACGUUUCAUCCUAUUAAGUGUUUUAAAGCUGUUUUUUAAAUGUUAGUUUAAACAUUCGUAAAGCAUAUUUCUACGUUCUACUCUAACUCAACAAAAAGAAAAACACGAAAUAUUCUGAGACCUUUCUUAUAAAUAUCAGAUGAUUUCCCAUUUUUUUUAAAGCAAUUUUAAUUUUCAACAGCUUCCAGUAAAAAUUGUUACAAAAAAUUGGUUUUCCAUUUCUCAAAUAGGACAAAGAAAAGUUGUCAGUUCCUUCUUUCCCUUUUCGGUAUUACCUCAGAAUAUAAAAAUUCUUCUGGCUUCCAGUUCUUUUUUUUUUUUUUUUGGACGAAAGAAGAAAGAAAAAAAAAAUCAUACCAAUUAUUGUCCGCUAACCGGUCAUAUUUAAAAAUACAUUCAGAUAAGAAAUACACCAAGACGUUUUUAUAACCCAAAUAAUUUUUUAUUGAUCUCUUUGUUUUAAUUUUUUAUUAAUCUCUUUGUUUACAACUAUUUUAAUUCGUUAACAAAUAAAUAGUUCCAUUAUAAACUCUUCAGGUAAAGUCUCUACUGGGCUUUAUAGCAAAAUAACGGAUCUCUUUACUCGCUAGUUUAAUGUAACCACAUUGUAUUGUUCUAAAUUACAAAACUAAUACUGUUUCUAGAAUAGUUCAGCUAUAUUUAUUGAGACGAUAUCCUAAAUAUUAACAAACUGUUCAUCUCGCUUCUAUUUCCUUAUUAUUAUUUUCUGAUAUAAAUUAAAACUAAGGCCUUUUCAUCCCUUUCAGAAAAUCCCGCUUAAAAAAUUAUUUUUCUUUGUGUUUCAUUUUGUUUAAAAAUCAUGCAAGCUCUAUUUCUUGAUAUCCAAUUAAAUGUUUUCUGUUAUCAAUUUAUGGCAUGGAUUCUUUUUUGACCAAUUAAUCUGUAAUUGCUUCUGUAAAAAAAAACAUAAAAAAGAUGCAUAAUGCAUAAAAGAAACGCAUACUUUUCAAAAUACACAACAUAGCUUUUGAUAAUUUCACUCUUGAAGUGAUCUAAUACAGAAUAUCUUAUUAAAGAUGAUGAAUGAGGGAUUUAUCGAAUAAUAAAAACAUAAACCUUGUUUGUAUUGACAUCUAAUGAGAUAAAUAGCUUCAAAUAGUUUCAAUCUCCUAUAUUGGAUUUUAAAAAAACAUUUAAAACUUUCUAAAUACAUAAAUAAACAUAACUUCCCCUUAAAAAAAGAAUACGAAAUCUGACCCAUUUAAUUAUGAUUUUAAAGUUGCGAAAACAAUUCUUUUGUUCUGAAGAAACUUUAACGAGUAGUGCUUUUUUUUCCCUAAUAUUUCAUGCAUGUUUUUCUUAUUAAACAUUCUUAAUUCUCCUAAAAACGAAAUGUUUUGUUGAAUUAAAAUUUCGAGUGUACAGAGCUUAUUUAAUUGUAUGAAGAAAAAAAAUUCCAGUUUCGCAAUAUUAUUUGUGUUGUAUUUGUGUGCAAGUUUUUGUGUUUAAAAAGUUUCAUCUUUGUACAUAGAUCGAGAAUUUCAUGUGUACUUCAGUAUUUGUCUCGUAUAGUGCCUAUUUAAAGUAGAUCUUAGUAAAUGAAAGUCUUUUACUAAUAGUUUGUUGAUAUCUUGAAAUUUUUAGUUUGCAUAUAUAUUUUCAACGAUAUCGCAUUCCAUAAUGCGCUGUUUUUGUUAUUUUAUUUUCUCAUCUCACUUGUUUAAGAAGAACACCUUUUUAAACGUAUACUUAAAUAUAAGUGUGACUAUUUUUUAUAAGGGAGAAAACUGUUACGAAAUUAAUCAGAUUUUAUAGUAAUUCUUACAUUGUGAAAUGUUCUUAGUUAAUGUAUAGUGCCAUUUUUUUAGUGGAAAUCUGAUGUAAUAUUUGUGCAGAAAACAUUUUUUGAAAUAUCAUUUUCAAUCGCUACUUUUUUUCCGAAAAUGAUUCAAACCGAUUUUAAAUAUUUUCAGGGGGAAAAAAUUCCGGUGAAAGUUUGAUAAUAUCAAAGCAAACGAUUUUUAAAAAGAUUUGCAGAGCAAUAAAAAACAUUUAAUGAUAUUCUAAAUUAAGUUAUAAAUGCUCUAAUAGGAAAUAUAUUAUAAAAGAUAUUAAGUGUUUUAUUUGACUAUAUUUUAAUUUUGAACACAGAUUUGUUUGAAUUAAGAAAAAAAUGUUUAGUCAAAAACAGUUAAUUUUUAUUAAAAUUCGAAUAUAAAUUUUUAAAAAUUAUUGUAACUCUUCUUCGGAAUUUCUGAUACUUUCAUUGAUAGUUCCUAUUUGUAAAUGAACUUUUUAUUUUUAAUUCUAUCACCCAAAUAAUCAUUAGAAAAGAACAACCAAAUUAAACAUUUACAAGUAUUUCUUUUACUUUGGUUGGAAAUAAAAGAAACAUUUUUUUCUAUUUCUUUAAUGUAUUGAAAUUCAUUAAAAAUGUUUUCAAUUUAUUUUAAUAAUAUAAAAAGUUUUCCGUUAACAGCAAGCCAACUUUACGUACAUAUUUUAAAUUAUCCCGAUUUAAGCUGUUAUUGUUUUAAAAGUAUUAAUAAAUAGUUAGAAUAUUAAUUUUACUCUCAUUUUUAAUCUAUUCAAGAUGCUUGGAAUGAAUGGAGUCUAUCCAUGUCUUGUAAUACAUGCCAAUGUCCCGGUAUAAUUUUGAAAUUCAUCACAUGAACGUGCUGCUUGUGGUAUUUACAUCAUAGUAUGGAAGUAAGACGAUGAGCUGGCAGAUGUUAAAAGGACUGAGACAUGACAUGGAUUGACUCUGUUAUUCUUAAUAUUUGAAGUCAUUGUGAAAAUAAUAAGUCAUAUAAAAUAAAAUAUAGCAGCUGUGUUGCGUAGAAUGCUAAACGCAAUAAUAACUAUAUCCUUAAAUUGUAUUUUGCAUUAAAUUUUGGUGGCAAUAUUUUAAAAUAAUAGAUACUUUUUGAAACUUUAAUGUUGCUGAGUGUGAUGUUUUAUAAAUAUCUCUGUGCAACGACUUUGUGUACUUAAACAUUGAAUCAGUAUUUCUUUGGCCAAAAUACCGUGCCAAAGUAUUUGAAUUGAAAAUGUGAUUAAUAAAAUGAAUGUAAUGAAUGAAAA